UGCAUUAGGUCCGUAGUGUGUGUUUGGGUUCUGCCAGGUUGACACUGAUUGCUUAUUUUGUGACGCGUUGGCGGCAGAGGCGAGGGCAUCGGGGCUGGUGACACUAGGCUUACAGGAGCGGCACUGUCUCACCUCCCGGCAAUGUCUGGGCCCCAGCGUGGACUGCUCAAGAAUGUCCUGCCGCCCAUGGGACCCCCGGGCUUGCCUGGGUCAGCGCGGCGUGGAUGGGGUUCCGGGGGGCUGACGGUUGGGGGACGCAGGGACUACACCCCAGUGUCAUGGAGGAAGUACUGGGACUCCUGCAGAGAUGUGACUCUGGAAGGCGGGGAUGUGUUCCGGGUGUACCAGCGGGGCUCAGUGGGGCCACUGCUGCUGCUGCUGCAUGGGGGCGGAUAUUCAGCCCUCACCUGGUCACUCUUUGCUGAGAAUAUGACAGAGAUGGUGGAGUGCCAGGUGUUGGCAAUAGACCAGCGGGGCCACGGAGACACCCACACUGCAGAUGAUGGUGACCUCUCUGCCUCUACACUUGCCAGUGAUGUCGGCCGGGUGGUGGAGACCGUGUAUGGGGCUCAGCAGCCACCUUGUGUGCUCAUCGGCCACAGCAUGGGCGGAGCUGUGGCUGUGCAUGCAGCUUACCACCAGCAUGUAGCCGGUCUAGCAGGAUUGAUUGUGAUAGAUGUAGUGGAGGGAACAGCAAUGGACGCCCUCAGCUCCAUGCAAAGUUUUCUGCGAGGACGUCCGAACAACUUUAACUCUCUUCAAAAUGCUGUUGAAUGGAGUGUGCGUUCUGGACAGACAAGAAAUGUUGAGGCAGCCAGAGUGUCCAUGCCGGGCCAAGUUAAAAAUGUGGAGACAGGCAAGUGUGGCACAGUGGACUUAGAAAACAUGGAUGAGGCCCCCAAGGAGCCUCCCACAGAGGGGCGGCGAGGCUCCACAGUGAGGGCUGACGUCAUCAUGGAGGAAGGCUCAGAGGCCGACCCUUCCAAUGAGGCUUCCUCUGCUCCUGAUACCAAGUUACCAGUCACAAAAUACACCUGGCGAAUAAAUUUGGGAGAGACAGAGAAGUUUUGGGCUGAGUGGUUCCAAGGCUUGUCCUCUAAGUUUCUGUCAAGUAAUCCAGCUAAGAUGUUGUUGCUGGCAGGCAUUGACAGGCUGGAUACAGACCUUACUGUGGGCCAAAUGCAAGGCAAGUUCCAGAUGCAGGUGUUGCCUCAGUGUGGACAUGCAGUGCAGGAGGACACUCCCGACCGUGUGGCGGAGGUGCUCGCCACAUUUCUACUGCGCCACAGACUUGCCACGGCCAAGUCUGAGUUCCACAGGAGUUUCCCUGCGUGCUGAUAGUGAUAGUAUUGACAGUGGCCAGUGAGGGGACAGGACAGAGCAUCUACACACACCACAAGGGUCAGAAGGCAGGUAUAAAAACAUACUGCAUAUUAUCUUCUUUUGUCCAAGUAACUUUGUGCGUAGCUUAGUACAGGUAUUUUAUCAGUGGUCAAAAAAAACUUCUAUGCCAUCAGGUCCCUUUGGGUUAUGUAAUAUAUAUAUAAUUGUACUCAAGAAUUAUGUCUUCAUGUGCGGCACUUAUAUAUCACACAAGUAGGUCUUAUUUGUGCAUUUGACACUAGUAGGAUUCAACUGUGCAUCUGUUUUGUGAAUGAAACAGUUUCUUCGGUGAUGUUUCUGCUGCUUGUCAGUAGUCUCAAGGAAGGUGGAAAUGCUGUAUGAACCAGUCAGAGCAAAGUAUUAAGUAGAGCAGAAACAAACAUGGUCACUCUAUUCUUGUACUCUCAACAACAAGCUUUCAGCAUUAUUUAUAAAUAUAUAUUCUACACAACGAGACGAGGCAUCUAGUUCUUUUGUGGGAAAGGACUUUAAUGAGUAAGAUGACAGUACCUUUUGUUUACCUUUAUCAUUGACAUAUCUACAUGUUCGGAAAUAAUUAUAAUAAAAUGUAAGAACGCCAACUGAUGUGCUGUUAAUGCCUCAUGUAUAUUGUGCUCUUUUAUUAUGUUAACACGACACAAAAAUAUGAAAAUAUAACUGUACUGUCUGUGUUUGAGCUGUUUUGAAGUGUGGACAUCUGCAUGUAUACUACACAUUAAAUGACUAAUGUAUAAA